UUUUCUGUAACAAUCUCAACCUAACGUUAUGUUUUGUGUUCAUGUCCUUCAUUUCUCUUUUAAUUUUAGACAAAUAAAUAUGUUCACAGUGGAUUAAAUAGGCGGGGAAACAAAUAUUUGGCGUUGUGUUGAUAAAGUUAAUUGAAAUUCAGAUAGUUUGUUUACACAGAAGACUGGUGUGGUUUGCGCACAACCUAACCUCAUAGGGCACGAGAUAGUCCACGUUCAUUGGUUCUUACCAUCUUGUCAGGCCAAUGGGAAAGGUAGAGGGGCGGGAUGUAGAGCUGACCCCCUACCUGUCUCUCUCUGUCAAAUAAUUCAGGAGAAAUCUGUCAAAUAACAGUGUUUCUCUGCAGAACCUUUAAUGAACAUUUCUUUAAAUGUAUUGUUUAUGCACUUUAUUUGAAUUAGGACAUUUACUUGAAUUUUCAGACAUUGCUGCCAGACUGUUUUUUUUUUUUUUUUAAACAUUAUAUUGAUGAAUGUUCGGUAUCAUUAAAUGAUCACAUUUAACCAUUUUAAAAGUUAGUAAAAUGUGCCAUGUUUCACAAGUCAGUGGGGUCAUAUGAAAUUGACCCCAGAUUGACCAGGAAUACCUCCACUUGUACAUAAAGGACAACAUUUCUCCGUUGUGAGCAUGCCAUCAAAAAGAUGGCACCCUCACUGUAUAGACCACAUGAAGUGCUUUGCAGCUCUACCAGAUAUGUAUAAUUAUAACUCCAGUUAAUGUUUUUAAAGAGCCAAUGUAUUGUGCCGUAUUUCACCGGUUACUGCAGUCACCGAAAUUGACCUUAAGUUGACCAGGAUGUUCACGUCUGUGAAAUAUAUAGACAGACACAAUUAACGAACUGGUUUAGUCAAAAGGUUGAAAAGAUGGACAAGAGGAGGGCUAUUAAAUAACUAUGCGCUGAACUGAGCCAGUGACUAUGUUUACAUGGACAGCAGUAAUAUAAUUAUUGACCUUAUUCUGAGUAAGACAAUAUUGUGAUUAAGGUGUUUACGUGAGUCGCGUUUAGAAUACUCCUUUUAUGUUCCCGUGUUACAUGUUAUAAAACAUAGAGUGAUUAACAGCAUACGUCAUUACAUCACCGCGCCACGCCGUCCGACGUCCCUCCAGAAUUUCACGUAUCGACGUACAGUUGUUCUUCGUUAUGAAGGCAGAAUUACACCUCUGACAGUGCUACGCUGAGGACUUCAUUCCUUUUGCUUUUUGGGAUUUUUAAGAUCUCACUUUCUACAGUCCAAAUGGCUUCUGAUGCGAACUUCCUGCUGUGCCAUGUCUGCCUGAAGGCCAGGUGCAGUCUGCCUGGACAUCUGAGGAAGAAGUGCAUGCAGCACAGUACUGAGGAAGAGAUUGAGGUCGCUGUGGACAAGGACAAGAAGAAUGUCAUUGAGUUCCUGUGAAAGGGCAGGUUCUGGAAGUACUCUGAGAUUGUCUCUAUCUUCCAGAGCCCCAAUCCCUGUAGCAGGAAGAGGAUGCGGGCAGAGACUCACGUGCGGGUUCUGAUGGAGAAAAUGGGCUUAAAGCAUUCCCUCUGCCAUCCUCUGCUGAGUGACUUCAUCUGUCACCUGGAAACCAACUUGUACAAAUAAAGUUUCAGACAGGAGGUGGAACAUGUGGCAAGGUUUUUGCACUUCAUGGAUCCCACUGCUCCCUCUCUGGAGUUUGUGCGUCAGUGGAUGCCUCCUGAAGGCGUGGACACCUCUCUAGACAGCCCUGUGAUCCGGAAGAUGGUCCGGAGACAGAACUGGAAGGGGCUGCUGGUGAUGGAGAUUGAAGACAAGGGAAGACGUGUCGUCACCACCAGGCCCUUUGUGAAUGGAGAGGUAGUCUGUGAUUACCACGGUCAGUUGGUCAGCAGGCAGGUGGGGUUGAGGAUACAUGCCUCCAUGUCGGAGGGAGAGAGUAGAUACAUGUUCUUCUACACUGACAGCCACGGACAGGCCGCACGCAUCGAUGCACACGAACAGUGCGAGUGUCACCCGGACCAGGUGACAUUUGGCAGGCUCAUUAGACAUGCUGCUAAAAAGAGAAAUCUGUGUCCUAGACUUUUUGUUGCUGAAGGGAAGGCCAUCAUAAUUAAAUAUUCAAUAUUGAAUAUUAAAUAUUCUGAAAGCAACCCCAAACACUAAAUAAAUAAUUUUUAUCUGCAAUAAUUUUCUUGGAUUGACUAAUUAUAUAUACUAAUUAUAAAUAAAUAGCUACAUUUUCUGAUAUAUAUUAGUGUGUGUAUGUAUAUAAAAUGUGCCUUAGCUAUCUGUUGAGUGCUAGCGAAUUCAGAUAGAUCAGUAACAAUUGAAAUUUGCAUUGUUCAGUAAUAUGAGUAUGAUGGCUUAAUAGAUUAGUGCAGUGGUUUUCAAAGUGGGGGCCGCCAGGGGGGCCUCAACAAUUUGGUGUGAAAAAUAAAUACAUGAUUUUCUCUUUCUCACUCUGACACACACUCACACACAAUCAAUUCCUAAUGUAAUGUAAAGAUGUAAGAUGUAAUUAUUAAUUUUAAAAAAGGGGAUAAUAUUCAGAAGUCUGUAUUUUUAAUGUGUUUUAAAGACAUCUUGCAAAAGGGGGGCCUCGGUCAAAUGUUAAUGCCACAUUUGUAUCGUUGCUAAGCAGCGAACUGACCAGUUUGGCCAGUUUAAGACCAGAUUCUGCUCUUUUCAGCUUGUGCUGUCUGUAUAACUGGUUAGAUAAGGCCUUCUUUGCCAUGAGAGCUUCUUUCUAAGCAGUUGGAGCCUCUUUAGCUUGAGUUUGUAGUCUCUGAUAUUCUAUUUCUGCCAGCAUGUCCUCCUCCAUUUGUUGGAGGAGGUCGUUGAACUGCCAAGAUUUUAUUUUCUCCAGUAUGGCUGCCUGUCCACUUGUGAAUGCAGAUGCACCAUGAACACCAGAUAUAAUGGAAGGAUGAGUGGAUUUAGAAUGAGAGCUGGCUUCACUAUGGGACGUUUUCCUCGACUGACUCUUGUGCUGGCUGUGACAGCGGGAAGAAGCAACUGGAGGAAGAUCCACAACAGGUUCCGUUAAACCCUAGAUCACUUCACGGACCCUUUAAACAUCCUGAAAUCACCAGACCGGAAGUGAGGGACUCUGUGGAAACCGGUAGUUUUAGUCAAGAGGAUUCUGGAGCUUCCUUCUCCACACGGGCUUCGACGCGCUGAUACUCUGCGUAACAUCACUAAAGGGUCCUGAUUCUUUACACCUCUUAUAAUGAAUGAGUCCAGACACCGCUCUUCAGGAAAAUCUCCACAGACUCCUGCUGCUACUGGCUCAAAGAUGUACCACUGCUCAGACUGUGGGAAGAGUUUUACUAAAGGUCAUCAUCUCAAAGAUCACGAGCGGAUCCACACAGGAGAGAAGCCGUAUCGCUGCUCGCAGUGUGGGAAGAGUUUUACCCAACUUUGUACUCUCCAACGACACCAACGUAUCCAUACAGGAGAAAAGCCGUAUCAAUGUGGACAGUGUGGGAAGAGUUUUACUCAUCAGAGUCCUUUCCAACAACACGAACGUAUCCACACAGGGGAGAAGCCAUAUCACUGUGGACAGUGUGGGAAGAGUUUUACUUGUCGGAGUAAUCUCCGACAACACCAGCGUAUCCACACAGGAGAGAAGCCGUAUCACUGUGGACAGUGUGGGAAGAGUUUUACUCGUCAGCGUAUUCUUCAACAGCAUGAGCGCAUUCAUACAGGAGAGAAGCCAUAUUACUGUGGACAGUGUGGUAAAAGUUUUACCCAGCUGUGUACUCUCCAACAACACACACGCAUCCAUACAGGAGAGAAGCCGUAUCACUGCUCACAGUGUGAGAAGAGUUUUACUUGCCAGAGUAAUCUCCAAAAGCAUAAGCGCAUUCACACAGGGGAGAAGCUCACAGUCUAGGAAACGUUUUCGUGACUGGAGAACCCUCCACAGCCACCAGCAGAGUCCUACAAGACAGAAGCAGUGCCUCUGCAGACAAUGUGGGUGGAGCUAUGCUCAUUCAAGUUCAUUACGGACACACAAGUGCACUAACAUAAAGCCAUCCGAUCUUGACAUGUGAAUUUGUCAAAUUAAGAUACGUGUUUUAUUUUUCUUUAUUAAAGGGUGGUAAAGAGACAUUCAGACAUAAAACUGUAAAAUUA